UUGGUUCUCAAGUUGAACAAUGCUGUCUGUAAAAAUAUCAGUAAUUUACCCAGUGUUGUUCAGCAGCUCACGUUUUGCAUAUUUAAUUUACCUAUUCAGAUGAUGACUGUUUGUUCAAUUGAUUCACCGAACGUGACUGAUUGUCUUAUACAGAUACUGCUUGACAUACUCUGUUGCUCAAAAUUACGGUGAUUGGAUAUACAAAAAUUACCCUGCCAUUCUUUCCUGUUUCCCACAACAAGAACAAUCCAUCCUGAAUGAUCAUAAAAAGAUAAGUUGUCAAAUUAGCUUUCAUUGGGUUCAAUUUUCUUCAAACCACUGGUUCUUUUACGUGCAUUUACUUCUGCACCCUCAUGAAAAUAAACUGUGGAUCCUGUCCAGUUAAAAAAGAUCAAGUGUACAUAUACGAAGACGUGUUUCUAUAGUUCUGAUACUUUUUUUUUCAUUCGGAGAUCUCCUUUUAGUCAGAGUGUCCAUCAAACCUCGGGCUGUGAGUAGAUGUGCGCUCCCACUGACGGUGUGUGCAUGAAAUGAUCAGUGCACAUAUCACUUUGCAUUCGACGGCCGUGCGGCAAUCGGCCAAAGCUACGCAGACCGUCAGUGGUUUUGCCUCGAAUAAAUGAUGCAUUAUGAUAGCAUUUGUGUUGUGUGUUCGCUUGUGCUUGUCACUCGGGCGCCGGCGAUUGCUGAAUCUGGCCGAAUGGAUAUCGCACACGUGUGCCAACGGAGGCUUGGACGGGGGUUCAUUGUCUCACUGAGGCUGUGUGCAGGGAAGACAUGAGUGGCUUUGACUCCUCACAGACAUGAAUUACUGUGCAGGCAGGUGGUGGGGUGUGUUAGCCAGGAAAAAGGAGCACAUACAUAUGUGAUGCUGAUGGGUGGUAACUGUGUCAAGUUGAUCAGGCUGGUCUAUGACGAUUCUGCAUAUGGCGAUGAUGACGGAAUUUGAUGAGUUACGAGUAGUUGUAAGCGUGACGUUCACCACCUGAGGUCAGAACUGGACUUGGCAAAUGCCAGAAGGUUACACAACAACCUCCCCUUCUCCCUCCACACCAUUUUCACUUCUGCCGUAUAUUGAUUGGCCGUGACAGUGAAGCAAGAAGUUGCAGUCCAUUCCUUCUAGCGAGAAGCCGACUCACCAAGGGAAUGAGCGAUGAUUCACUGGUGGAAUGGACGUGUAAACAGGUCGCAGUUGAUUGAGGGCACGGUCAAGAAAUCGCAGGAUGCAUCGUCACCCGCUUGCACAGAGCAAGAGCAGAGGUCAUGAGUGGAUGCAACUGUAAACAGAGAAGCCACAUCAAAGAUUGCACAAUGGGAGAUUCGUGUUUACCAAACACUUCUGAUGAAUCUGGAUAGUGGUGUAUCAAAGAGUGGUUUGGACAGCCAAGGCAUUCUUCAUAUAGUUGGUUGCUGGUCAAAGGUUUUGCAGUGUCAGUGGUACACAGAUUCCAGGCUGUAUCAGCAAGUCUGUUGGAUUUCAGCCCACAGUGGCUACAAAUAUAAAUCUACCAUGAUUUGGAGAAAAGAUGGUCCAAUUUUAAAGUGAAAUGGGUCAUUGAGGAACAUUCUUGGGUAUAGCAGACUAGUUUGACCAGCAAAAGGAAACUUCACAUUUUGGAAACUAAAUGUCGAUUGUGGUCUCUCAGUUUGACUGUCUAUGCGAGUGUGGUUGGAAUCAUGUUGCACAAGACGGCAUUCAGAAGCAAACACAAGGCAAGAAUGUAUUCGGUUGCCUACAGCUUUAUGCUGCCAUGGAUCUGGUCUGUAAACCAGCUUCUGUCGUUAAUGGUACGGACAACAGAUGAAUCGCGUAAUGAGGAGGAGGCGCCAUGCUAUGAGCGUUGCGUUAUCCUUGUCUUCUCGUUGCCUGUGUGUCUUGCUCUGAUCGUCAUAUUCUCACCAUUUGCCUUAUUUGGGUUCAUUGCCAGGAUAUGUCUGGCUGGUGAGCGUGCCCCUUACGUGUAUUCCUUUGCCGACACGCCAAGCAGAGUCAAUGUCAACGAGGGUAUAUGGACCGAUCUCUCGUCAAAGCACUUUUUCAAAAUUGCUGUCAUUGAUACCUGCCUUAUGCCUGAGGGCAUGUCCAGAAUGAACAACCUCCGGAAUGUUCAAACGCGAUCAGUCAAUCUUGGCCGGCGGAUUAUUAACUCUCAAGUUCGACCGAGCCCCAGGAUUUUUGUCCAGUCACCAUCGGACAGUGAACUGAAGACCUACAGCAUAAACCCACCGGCCUCCACCAACCCAAUGAGUCUGUUCAAUAUGGGUGAGAGCCACCAAUUAGAUGUCAGCGACACUGAUGUUUCUUGUGUGACAUACACAAACAUCCAACCAGAAGAGACAUCCUUUUUUGCACAGGGUAUCGACAAAAUCAGGGAUAAUUGCGACGGCGGGGAACCAAUUCAUCAAUGCAAUGGAGACACACCUGUCACUUCAGAUACACCUGCGAAUGGAAACACUUUAAGAGGGUCCAAAGACAGUGACCAAGAUGCAAGAAAUGACCGUGAAGCGAGUGUGAUUUCCGUGCCCGAUAUCGUACCAAAAGACAUCUCAGAUUCCCCAACACCAUCAGAGUCUUUGGCUUCUACUCCAAAUGUAGACUGCGGUAUUCAAAUUGAGUUCCCUCAAACACCUUGCCAUGAACCCAAGCCUCACAUACUUGCCAGUGGCUCAUCAUCCAUUCAACAAUCAAAGUUGCACAGUGAGGAUAAAAUGGGAGAUGUCCCAUCCCCGUCGGAGCACGCCGUCAACAUCAACUUUCCAGCUGGGCUGGACUUUAUCUGUUUCCAGGAGGUGUUUGAGCGCAGAGCUGCCAAGAAACUUGUCAAGACACUCCACCUUUGGUUCAGUCACGUCAUCUAUGACGUGGGCAUGGAUUCCUGGGGGAUUAACAGACAUUUUUUGAACAGCGGCCUGCUCUUUGCGAGCCGUUACCCAAUCCUGGAUGCAUCAUUUGAGUGUUUCAAUGAGAGUCAGAAUGAAGAUCGUGCAGUUUCAAAGGGUCUUCUAAUGGUCAAGGUCCAAGUUGGCAAAACCAGAGAGGGGCAUCCUGUCGUGGGUUACAUCGCAGUCACACAACUUCAAGCCGCACAAGAAACCAAUAUCCGCUCGGGCCAGCUGGAUUGUGUUCUGAACUGGUUGAGCAGUUUCCAUAGUAACACCCACACUGAGUGCUUGGAGUUGGUAGCAUUCGACCUUCUUUGUGGCAACUUCAAUUUUGACAACAUGUCGCCAGGUGAUAUGCCAGAUUGGAGCCAUCCUGUGUUCCUCAUAUACCAUGACCCUUGCAGACAGAGGCCAGGACUAGACCGAGCCUGGACUGUUGGCACUGUACUCAGGAAGAAACGUCUUCAAGAUGAAGAAAUCUGCACACCUGAGGGUUUACAAAGUGCUCUGGAAGAUCCUCAGAGGAGGAGUAAUUAUCUUGAGGAUUCUGAGGCCUUUGAGGCUGGAGGUGAGGCUUUCCGUUGGGGAGCCUCAGACAGCAGUCACUAUGAGGGAGCUGGCAGACGCAGGGUGGACUACAUCCUGUACAGCAAUCACAGGACACAUAUGCAACAGAUCUGUGAGGAGUACAGCUUUGUCAGUCAGCUGGCCACAUUAACUGAUCACAUUCCACUCAGCAUGACAUUUUCUUCAGCUAUUGGCCCAGCAGCUAUGCAGGAAUGGCCCCAGGCUGUCACUCCAGACAGCGAUGGUUCCCAUUCCUGCAAGAUAAUGUAUGAAACUACCGUUUGAUAAUUGGUGUAAGGCCGGCCAUUGCGAGAAGAAUCCUUGUUGGUCAUUGUCAUCCACUCCAGAACUUUUGUUUCACUUUCAAUGGAAACUAAAUGGUGUAUAGUGUGUGGCUAUUAGAAGUAUCACAUGUAGUUACUGAUAUUUUGAAUAUUUCCUAGGAAAAAAACUUGUUCAGGAUGAAUAGAAAUUAAGCCCAAGACAUCUAUGAAUAUGGUAUGUGCCUGCUUGUGAGAGGGGUCCUUUUUAUUUUAAUAUUUUUAAGCAUUGGCUCCAAUGGCAUGGAUGGGGGGAGGCAAGGGGGUUGUUACCCCCUUCCCUGUGGGGACUCUUACCUCCCUCGCCCCACCCUUUGAAUAUCGGGGGGGGGGGCGGGAGGGAGCAUCGCCACACCAUCUGUAGUGUACAUGUACAUAUAGGUCGAGGACUGAUCAAGUUAUAAGGGUCGAGAUGCUGUCUGAUGCCUUGGAUAGCUGCCCCUGUACAUGGGGGGAAGGUGACAGACAAGAUAUAUGUUACAUAUGAGUCCGACUGAGCAAAACAUAUUUAAACUAUAGAGCUCAAUUCGGAGCAUCGCCACACCAUCUGUAGUGUGUUGUGUGUUGAUACAUGUACAUGUAUAUGUUACUUUAGUAGCUUCUCGAAAGAGCCAUAUUAUACAAACUCAGUGGCAUAGCCAAGGAGGGCAUCUGCACCCCUAUUGGCACUGCUGCCCCCCCCACUGAGAAGAGCCUUGCUAUGCAACUCAUUAGCUCACAAUGGUUUUUAAUUGGUAUCCAUUUAUGGUUGCUAACAACCAACUGCAUUUCACCAUGUGAAGGCUAUGCAUGCAGCGCUUCCAUUUCGAUAAGCACUUUCCUGAAUUUUUUCCCUUCAACAUCCUGCUGAGUGAGCAGUAUGGGUGGAUCAAUAUGAAUUACACAACCAUGGUUGCUUUUUCCUUAUUGGGAACCUUCUGGUUCUGUCUCUCACCAGGCAUUGCUGCAGUACCAGGGGGGGUCCUGAUUCGGCUGUAUUAGGAUUAUACGGUAGCUGUGAGAACCCCCGUUGCUAUUGCUUUCUCUACAUAGUUUUAGUGACUUUGCAAUUCUUAUUUUACUUUGUUCAUGAUUCCUCUAGCUGCUAGAUUAAUGACUACUAAAUAGCACCUCCAAUUUCAUAAGCAACACAUAUAGUCGGCAAACUUUCAGCAUGGAGUUAUAGGCAGCACUAUUUGCCAGGGAAAAUCCGGGGAGAAUUUUUCUCUGGAAAAUCACUCACUUUUCCAACCUAACCAAAGAUAGUGCUGCAGAUAAAAUUCUGGAAAUGGACUAAAUUUACAAUUUUGAAUAACUUGCUGAAAAAUCACAAAGGUUGGAGAUCUAUUUAAUACCAUGUUUUGUAGUGUUCAGUUGCGCUUUGUGCAAAAACUUACAUAAGCCUAUGCAAAAAGAUCCCACCAUGCGGUAAAUCUGUCAGAAGGGACAUUUUCGGAUUGCAACAUUUUGGUAAGGAGGCAGUGUCAGGGGAUGGAAGAAAAAUAAAAUUCACUCUGAUGAGUCAAAGUCACACAUUGUUCUAAUGGAUUGGUAUAAAAAAAGGAAACUGGCUAUGAUCCAGAGAAACAUGAAAUAAAUGGACACUUCUCUGGCUUUGCCUUGAUACUGUAAAUGGUGAAUAAUUAAUUAGUCUCUUUUUUGACACUGUCACUGCAAUAAUGGAAAGUUCAUUGGAAAAACAUGAACUUGAAAAGUAUCCCAAAUUGAUUUUUAUAUUUUGUCAUUUGCCCCCCCCCAAAAAAAGGUGGAUUGAUCCAUAAUCAGAAAAUGAUAGAAAAGUAAUGUGACCUAGAUCUACUUGUGACAUUUAACUAAGUCAAUGGAAACACUUGAUCAAAGUGUGAAAUUCAGAAGAAGUGAGGCUCCAGUAACCCUUCAGGGUGUAAACUUAUCUCACAUAAUGCAACUGGGAGAAUGCAUUAAGCUGUAUACUUAUACUGUGGUCAUGUGUGGGGUAAGUGUGACCCGUGCUGUGGCCCCAAGCGACUUCGUAGUGUAUGCUGUACUAAUUUAAAUGGAGUGAUCGUUAUUUUUUUGUGGGGGGUGGGUAAUUAGAGUUUGAUCUUUUGUGUUGGGAUUGCUGUCAUGGAUGGAGGUCUCAGUGUAUCAGCUGCUGAUAACAUUCUAUUCGGCUACCCCAAAUAAAAUUACAUCAACUUUGCCUUCUGCUUGUAUUUUUGUAGAGGAUAAAAAUUGAAAACCAUUCCUUAUUUCCACCUGGCUACGUGGCUCCUUCCAAAUAAUGAAACACCUAGUGGCAUUGGUCUGCAACUGUCCCUCAAGAUUGUGACAGUUUGAAAGUUCAUAUUUCCUGGAGCAAAAAAAGAAAGCAAGGUAGCUUAUUACACUAAUUAUCUGCGAAGGCAAAGAUGAGUUCUGAUGUUGUUAAUAGGGAGUUCUUCCUGAGCCCAUAGAGUUGGAUAUCAUUAUCAUAUCCAACUCUAUGCCUGAGCCACAUAAUUUACAUAUCCAUUAUCAUAGGCAAAGACCAGGCACAAAGUAUGCUCUAGUAUGCAAGCCUUUCAAAGCUUUGAUAAUGACAAAAAAUGUAGGGGCAUCACUGGUGCUGGAUGAGCACAAUGAAGACAACCAUGCGUGGCACAAAUAAUAACCUUUUUUUUUCUAUUUUCAUGAAUAAUCACUUAUUACCUUUGUCUUGAUAAUUACCAGAGUUUAAUGGGGGAUUUGUUGCAGUUUGAUGAGAACUCAUUGUAUUUCUAUAUUUGUGUCUAUCUAGUGUGGUUGUCAUUAAAUCUUUGGUUUAAUAUUAUUCCAAAGAUAAAAACCAAAGAUGCUCUAAUGUAUCAGUUUGUAAUGGAACUUAUUACUAUCAGUUUUCAGGUGAGAAUUCUUUAUAACUAUUUGUAUUUUCUAUUUAAACCGUUUGGUAGUGUGGAGUUUAAUCAGUGGAUUUUUUUUUACUCAAAUUUGCUUAUUCUCAUUUUAUAUUGUUCGAUAUUUUGGUUACAAUGUGCAAUUUGCUGGUAAGUUGAUCAAAAUAUUGUUCAUCAUUUGGUAUUUAAUGAAUUUGUUUCUUUACAUCAGUGUAACAAGAAGUGUAAAUUUCAAAUUAUCAGUAAUUUGUUACUCAAAACUUUUCAGUACUUUAUUGAAAUCAACUUUGUCUGGUUUGAAAGUACUUUUGCUAGUAACUUUCUACUUCAACAUACUGUUUGUGUACAUUUUGUUUGUUGGUUAAUCUGAACCAGAAGAUUUUUUUACAUUAUUUUGAUACAUUCUGAUUGCUGGAAUUUGAUUUCAUGUUCAAAAUAUAAUCCAAAGAUAUCUGAAGUUUGGAUAUAUUUUUAUCCUAUUUAUCUGUACAUGUGACAAUAUUCAGUAUAAAACUAUAUUACAAUGACUGUGUGCAAUACGCAAGUCUGUCUGACACAAUAGUAUUCAUUAAUAGUGCAAUUUGUUGAGAAAAAAAAUAUAUAUCAUUUUCUGAAGUGUCAUCAAA